UUCGUUUCACGCUGACACAUCCAAUAUGUCGGCGGCGUUGACGUCUAUCCCGGUGGCGGGGAGGGUGUAGCGGUUAUAUUUCAACGUCUACCGAGGACUCUUGUUACUGUCCAAUGGUCUGGGGGGCAUUUGACAGUGAGGACCGUGGAACCCACCGAGUGAAGACUACACGCCGGGGAACACUUUGCACGGACGACGUAUCGACGCUCCGCGGAACCUUUUCACGAGACGUAAACGUUGAGGUUCAAAAAUGAUGGGAUAGCGAACAAUGGGCAUUUUGCAUCAGGGGUAGAUUUCAAAUAUCCCCCGCACGCAGCCGCUUUGUGCUCGCCGGUUGUCUGUGCGUGUUUUUCGGCGUCCCCUCUUACCCGCCCACCUCCUCUCCUCUUUCCCCCCCCCCCCCCUCUUUUGGGCAUGGACUGAACGACUCGUUCUCCGGAUGAUUUGAUGGGUCUGCUCAGAGUCAUGAUGCCGCCAAAGUUGCAGCUGCUGGCUUUGCUGGCGUUCGCCGUGGCUAUGUUCUUCCUGGAGAACCAGAUUCAGAAGCUGGAGGAGUCCCGAGGAAAACUCGAGCUGGCCAUUGCUCGGCACGAGGUACGGGAGAUCGAGCAGCGGCACACCCAGGACGGCCUCCGGGAGCGGGACUCGCUGUGGGCGUCUACGUCCGAGAGCGACGACGACAUGGUGAUCAUCUACAACCGCGUCCCCAAGACGGCAAGCACCUCCUUCACCAACAUCGCCUACGAUCUGUGCGGGAAGAACCACUACCACGUCCUGCACAUCAACACCACCAAGAACAACCCCGUCAUGUCCAUACAGGACCAGGUGCGGUUUGUGAAGAAUGUGACUGAAUGGAGGGAGAUGAAACCGGCGUUCUACCAUGGCCAUGUCUCCUUCCUGGACUUUACCAAGUUCGGCGUGAAAAGGAAGCCGAUCUACAUCAACGUCAUCAGAGACCCAAUUGAGAGGCUGGUGUCCUAUUACUAUUUUUUGCGUUUCGGAGAUGACUACCGACCUGGCUUGAGGCGCAGGAAACAAGGCGACAAAAAGACAUUUGAUGAAUGCGUCUCAGCUGGCGGCUCGGAUUGUGCCCCUGAAAAGCUCUGGCUCCAGAUUCCCUUUUUCUGUGGACACUACUUUGAAUGCUGGAACGUGGGCAGCCAGUGGGCCCUGGAGCAGGCUAAAUACAACCUGGUGAACGAGUACAUGUUGGUCGGAGUGACGGAAGAGCUGGAGGACUUUGUCAUGAUGCUGGAGGCGGCUCUGCCGCGCUUCUUCAAGGGGGCCACUGAUCUAUACAAAACAGGAAAGAAAUCCCACUUGAGGAAGACCAGCGAGAAGAAGCCCCCCACCAGGGAGUCCACAGCCAAACUGCAGCAGUCGGCCAUCUGGAAGAUGGAGAAUGAGUUCUACGAGUUUGCCCUGGAGCAGUUCCAGUUUGUGAGGGCCCACGCGGUGCGGGAAAAGGACGGCGAACUAUACAUGUUGGCGCAAAACUUCUUCUAUGAGAAAAUAUACCCCAAAAACCAGUGAGGGAGGGGGAAUAUCCUCAAAGAAAUUUGGGGGUGAGAUGAAGAGUAGACAACGGCAAGAUGUCGAGUUGUCCGACUACUUGACCGAGGUCUGAUGUUGUGAAUAUAGUAUGCCGCUGUAAACUGUGAAUAGUGGGUGUUGCUCAUGUACUUGGAAGGAGAGCCCGCGUUCUGUCCCAAUCCCUGCAGGUCAGCGGCUUCUUUUCACUUCCAGGUCGAGAUUCCUGAGAGGCCUGUGGCGGGACAUGAUCGGCAAAGAGCAGACGCCCAGUCCUGAUUGGCCGAGUAGUACUGCGACCACAAACAAAAUAUUUAUGUUUGCGAUGUGGUGUCUUUUUUAUGUUAAGCUGUUUGAACUACGAUAUGCACUCACUGUAUCUCAAUUUUUUUUUUUUGCAAUGUAUUUUAUGUGAUUUCAUGGGGAACUAAACUCCCAACCCUACCCCCAAAAAAUUUUUAAAAUACUUUGUAUGUGCCACUACUAGCCUAAACAGGGUGCGCUGAUUGAUAAUGUAAUUAUUCCACAGACUAAUAGAUUUUCAUUCAUCUCGGGGUGGCCAUGUUUGUCAAUAUUGCCCUCCGGUGUCAACCAAAAUUAUCGACACAACUUCUCUCUCGCGUGCAUUGUGCGAACAUCAUGUGACCAAACCCCUCGGAUUGAAGACAUCAUAGUUGCGAUCCAAACUGGCUAAAGUUUUGUUUAAACCGUCAUGUCAAUCCGUAGUUAUAAUAGUAAUCGCAGCAUACACGGAGUCUGCUACUUGUUUUUAGGGUUUGGUCACUGGUCACGUGACGUUCGCAACGCAAAGUGCGGGAGCAAGUGUGACGUUAAAUGUCAGUCUCCAAAUUUGGCAGACCCCUGAGAUGGAUGAAAAUUGAUGACUUGAUAUGUUUUAUUCUCAAUCCACAAAUCAAUUCUGUGUUUAAAUUAGUGGGGGCAUAUAUGAUGCAUCCCUGAAAAAAAAAAAGUUUAGGUCCCCUUAAACAGUACAGUAAACCCCCGCUAUUUACCUCGUGAUAGGGAUUGAGACUUGCUGUGAAUAGCAAAAAUCAAGUAAUUUAUGCCACCUUUAAAAAGGUGUAUAAUUGUCUAUAGAGGCCACGAGAUGGAGGCAAAGCACUAUUUUGUCUAAAUCAAUGAUUCUCAGUGUGGUAAGGGCUACCACACGUGGUAUGUGGAAAUGGUAAACUGAGCAAUUUCCGGCCUACAAACUGCGACUUCUUUCACACGCUUUCAACCCUGCGGCUUAUGCGGGGAUGCCACCCUAGCGUUAGCGCACCUAGCGUUAAACUCUUUCUGUGUACCGAGGCUUAUAACCAGGUGCGCUCUGUAGGCCGGGAAUUGCAGUAAUGUGACAUUGGUGACAAAACCUUUAUUUUAAUACAGUGGAGUACAUUUUGUUGUUGUUAUCCAUUUGUGUAAAACUUAAGUACAGUGCAUUUACACUUAAUCUAAUUUGAUAAAAUUUACUUUAAACUUUUUUCAUGCAAUAGAUUUUUUCAUUGAAUUACAGUAUUAUUUAAAUAUUUUUUUAUGUUUGUAUGCAGUAACAAUGUAUAAACUGCAUAAUGUUACACUGGCUUACAAUAUUAUUGGAUAUACUUUUUAAGAAAUAGAACCUUUUUCAUUUUAGAUGAAGAACUGGGCUGACUACACUACAGUAUUUUGUUUGUCAUUGUGGUAUUACUCGGAUGGUCAUGUAUUUUGGGAGGUGUAAAGACUGGUGUAAAUGGAGGUCUUCAUCUUAUUUCAAUCUUGAUCUUGACACCAAGUGAUACAAGAUAAUGCCAGAGCAAUGGGUUUUUUUGUUUUUUUUUUUUUUUCGUUUUUUUUUUUGCUUUUGCUUGAGCACAAAAACAGACAUUGUGUUUUCAGUUUUUUCAGCAAAUAACGUAGGACAGGAUUUAAAAAAAAAAUCGACCAAUCUACUGAAAUGUGUGUGGGUUAACUGAUUACAGUGGUACCUUGAUUUACAAAUUAUUCCUUUCCACGACCGACAUUGUAACUCAGUCUACUCGUAUGUAAAGUCAAGUUUCCCCAUUGAAAUUAAUUGAAAAACAGAUCUGUUCCGGCCACACUGAACAACAUUUUGCAUGUUUUGAUUAAGAAAACUAGCGCUGUAUUAAAGAAAAUGUAAAGAAAUGGGUGUAUUUCCCAUCCAGCCACCCAUUUUCUGAGCCACUUAUCCUCACAAGGGUUAUGAUGUGUAAUUGCAGCACAUGCUGUAAUAUUUAUCUUGGAUGUAUGCCUUUAAGGGGCGUGGUCUACUGUGCACGUCAGUAGCUGGAGUCAGGUUUAUGGAUGUAAAUUAGUCCCACAAGGAUUUGAAUUUGAAAUGCAACAGAAAGCAGGAUUUGAAUUUGAAAUGUAAAAUGAUCACAUUUUCAGUAGUUGCCAAAAUUUGCUGUCUGAAAUUCACCAUCUGUGCCACCAGGCUGGGUAACGUCAGGUAAUAAGCGAACACCCAACCAAUCGUAGUUACGCUUUCUUAAUCACGUGACGUCACAUACUAAGAAAGCGUAAGUGGAUUGGACGGCUGUUUGGUUCUGACCUGAAGUAACCCUACCUGGUGGCACAGAGGGUGAAUUUUAGACAGUCAAUUGUAGCCAUUUGAAUUGUUAACAUUGAAAAGUUACACUGAAAUACAACUCUUGAAAAUGUGAUCACUUUAUAUUUCAAAUUCAAAUCUUGGUGGCACUAAUUUACUUCCGUACAGGUUAGCCGGUACGUCUGUUUAUGCUUUUGUAGGUUAAUUUUAUAUUCACUUUAUUUUUCAUUUCAGCUAAGUGGCACCAUAUCUAAAGGCCGGUUGUAACUCACAUAAUAAUAAUAAUUCACAACACAAAGCAAAAGAAAUAAAAAUAUCAAGUGGCAAGCUUGUAACUUAAAAAGACAUACUGUAAGACGAGGUACCACUGUACUACUCUGCUAUUAGCUGAUACUUUGUUGCCAUCAUGGGACAUAUUAGGUAGGUAAAUAAAGAUUGCAAAGAAUGUGAAUGGAUGAGGUUUCUGGCAAAUACAGUGUAAAUAAGAAAGAAAAACAAAUAUGUGAAGUCGUGACUAGCGUGAAAAGGUGGGGGUUGACUGUACUGUUGACUUUUGGAUGUGCACAUACCGACGCGAUGGCGUACCUCACUCAGACUUGAGCAAAGAUGAGGUUUUUAUGAUAUUAAAAAGGGGGGGGGGUUUGUACUGUGCAUUUCCAGUGACUCUGGGAAAUGUGCCGCUUUAGAGAAUCAUGUGCUUUGAUCAGCAUGUGUAUGGAGGAACAUAAUGAAGAUGCUGCUUGCUGUAAAUACAAAUGACAUUUCCAGUAAAUUACUCAAAAGUGAGAUUGGUUCCGGUUUGAAAUUAUCUUGGUUUCUUGAUCGUUAUUUUGUGUGUAUGUGAGUGUGUAUACACUGUAUAUAUACAUACAUACAUAAUUGAGACCCGUCUGUGUAUUUGUAAUUAUUCGGUAAAUUGUACUUCUGUACAUAACCAAUUUUGUUUGUUUUCCUAAAAUUGCCAAUAGCCUGAAGAGCGAGGACGAACUGCCACCUUUUGGAAAAAUACUAAUCGAGACAUCUGCAGUCUGCAGCGCGAAUUCAUGACGAACUUUCUUGCAGUCGCAAUCGCAACUUAUUAUUAUUAGUAUUUGAAUACAAAUAGGUGGUCAUAUUUCUUGUGUGCCUUCCUUGUGCCCAAAAGAGUGCUGCAGCUGUGUCCAAUACAAAAUAAAACAACAUGGCUGUAUUUUUCAAAGCUUUUUUUUUUUUUGUCAGUAUCAUGAAGUGCUUUAAUUUUCUAAGGGGAAUGUUACCUACGAGCGAUUAUGAGGAGCAUGGAUAGUUAUUUGAGCAUUUAUUCGAUUGUCAUGGUUGUACUAGUACACUGUCCUUACGAGAAAGACAGUUUCGCACAGUAGAAAUACCAUGUUAUAGAUUACUACAUUUUUUUGUAGUAGUUUAUUCCAUUACUGCCAGGAUAACUUUACAGCACUUGUAAGGCAAAACUCUGCGCUUGUUGACAUCUGCAUGUUUAUAGUACUUUUAGAGACACACUAGUUGUUAACUAAUAUAAUUUUAUUGUCUAGUAGUACAAUACUAAGUGGUACGGUGGGUCAGCUGGCAAAGCAUUGGCCUCACAGUUCUGAGGACCCGGGUUCGAUCCCGGCCCCACCUGUGUGGAGUUUGCAUGUUCUCCGCGUGCCUGCGUGGGUUUUUUCCGAGCACUCCGGUUUCCUCCCACAUCCCCAAAACAUCCAACGUUCAUUGGACACUCUAAAUUGCCCCUAGGUGUGAUUGUGAGUGUGGCUAUUUGUCACUAUGUGCCCUGUGAUUGGCUGGCGACCAGAUCAGGGUGGUACCCCGCCUCCUGCCCAUUGACAGUUGGGAUAGGCUCGAGCACUCCCCGCGACCCUCGUGAGGAUAAGCAGCAAAGAAAAUUGAUGGAUGGAUGGAUGGAUGGAUAGUACAGUACUAGAAGCACACAAAUGUCAACUGCUACCAUUUUGCCUCACUAGUAACCAAACGUUGUCUUACUAGUGAGGACAAACGCAGCACACUAAUAUCUAACUCAAAAGACAUUGAAUAAAUGCUGAAGGUUAAAGUACAAGUACAUUCUUUAUCCUCACAAGUGAACCCAUUCGGCGCACUAGUAGAACAACUAGGGCACACAAGUACAGUGACUGCGUCUUAAUAGUCACACUUUUUCUUAUGUUUACUGCUUUCCACUACUGUAUGACAUUGACAU